AUGGAACGUAAACGUACACGUCCCGCAAAUGUAUUUGGAGAUGACGAUGAGCCAUCUUACCAGGAACCCGAAAAUAAAAAAAUUAGAAGUUCUGGAACUGGAGUUCCCAGCUAUCGUCCGACUCCUUCCGAUUCUUCUUUACAAAAUGCGGCACCUCGUCCUGAUCAGAUAAAAGCCAUGAUUGCUCAAAAGAAAGCACAAUUAGAAGCCAUGGCUGCUUCAUUGAGACCAUCUCAACCCAGGCCAUUAUCAAUACCCUUUAAUUCAACAAUUUUAUCUAGUAAUACAUCCACUAGUAUUCCUACCUCGGCUUCGAUUUCAACUCAAAAUAAUUUUAUGUCUUCAGGAAUUGAUCCUGACCUUCAACGUAAAAUUCUAGAAGCUAAGGAAAGAGUGAAAGUUAAUUUAGCGAAAGCAAAUCCUUAUCUGCCUUCAACUAGUUCUUUAGCAAAGGCGGCCGAUGAUUCAUCAAAAGCGAAAGGAGGCUUAAAAGUAGAGGCACAUCCCGCGCUUUUAUUAGAUCAAAGUGGAAAAUUAGAUUUAAAGAGAGUUGCAGCAUUAAUUCCAAAGCCAAAUUUUGCUACUGUGAAGGCGAAUCAAAGGGUUUCACCUGCUACUUUAAAACAAGAAACCAAAGUACUAUCAACUCCAUCUGAAGAAUUACAUGAUACUCAAAAUCCUUAUUUUGAUCCGAGAGCUGGUUCUGUCGCUCCUCAUCGUCGUGGCCGUAAAAAAUUUAAAUUUAUUCAAAGAGGAAAAUAUGAAUCUAUGGGAAAACAAAUGAGAGCUCAGGCUAAGUUGGAAAAAUUGAAAGAGGAGAUUGCUCAAAGCGUGAAGAAGGCUGGUAUGGAAGCAGAAUUGGAUUCAUCUGAUAAGGCAAUCAAGAAAGAACCUCCACCUGCUUUAGAAUGGUGGGAUGCUCAUCUAUUACCGAAUAAAACUUAUAAUGAUAUUGAUGCUGGUUUGGUCAAAAUUGACGAUGAAGAUUCUCUCAUUUCUUGGUUCGUUCAGCAUCCAAUUCCAAUUGAGCCUCCAGGAGAUAAAGGUCCUCCACCACCAAAACCUUUAAUUUUGACCAAGAAGGAACAAAAGAAGUUGCGUAAACAACGACGUUUAGAAUUACAAAAAGAGAAGCAAGACAAGAUUCGUUUGGGCUUAUUACCGCCAGAUCAACCUAAAGUCAAAAUGAGUAAUUUGAUGAGAGUUCUUACGAAUGAAGCUAUUCAGGAUCCUACCAAAGCUGAAGCUCAAGUUCGUAAGGAAAUGCAAAAGCGGCAAGAAACUCAUUUGAAGACUAAUGAAGAACGUAAGUUGACUGAAGAACAGAAGAAAGAAAAGAGACAGAAAAAAUUGGAAGAAGAUGCCAAGAAAGGCACGAUAGUUUGCGUUUUCAAAGUGAACGAUCUUUCACAUCCUAAAAUGAAAUUUAAAGUUGAUACGAAUGCGCAACAACUUGGUCUUACAGGAACAGUUAUUAUCAAUCCUAAUUUUAGUGUAAUAAUGGUUGAAGGAGGACCAAAGGGAAUUAAAUAUUAUAAAAAAUUAAUGUUAAGGCGUAUUGAUUGGUCUGAUACUACAAGAUUAGGAGAAGGAAGUGGAACUGGCGUUAGUGGGGGAGGCAACGAACAAGGUGAAGAUGAACAAAUGAUGGAACCUCCCAAAGAAAACAAAUGUGUAUUGAUUUGGGAAGGAGAGGUUAAGGAUCGCGGGUUUAAGGGAUUUUGGUUCAAAACUUGCCCAACGGAAAAAACAGCCAAGGAAUAUUUGAAAAAACAUAAAGCUGAACAUUAUUGGGACUUGGCUAGUAAAUUUGUUGAUGAUGGUCUUGAAUUAUCCGUGUUGUGA